GAUGAUGAUGGCAGCAGCAGCCGUUCUUCUCUGCAAAUCGAGAAUGAGUUCAAUGAAGGACAAGCUUCUCUUGGUUUUGUAUCAUGUUGUUAUCCUUCUUCUUCUAACAUGGCAUUGUGGAGGUCAGUCUCAGAUGAUUGGUCCAACUCAGCCAUUGAUUGCAAUGACAGGUGAUGACAUCAUUUUACCAUGCCAGCUAGAACCAGCUAGGGAUGCUGUUGAGUUGACUGUGGAAUGGUCCAGACGUGACCUUAAACCUAGAUUUGUCCACUUAAAGCGGGACGAUGCAGAGCUCCUGACUCAGAAUACUUUAUACUCCAGAAGAACAUCCCUGUCUAUCAACAAACUGAAAUGUGGUGACAUUUCAUUGAAACUCUCCAAAGUGCAAGUCUCUGAUGCAGGAACAUACAACUGCCUUGUUCCUGAAAUUGGUGCAGAAACUGGGAUGGAGCUCGUUGUUGGUUCUGUUUCUUCUGUAGUCAUGGAGAUAUCCAAAGUCACAAAUGAAAUCUUCUUUAAAUGCAAAUCUAAUGGCUGGUAUCCAAAGCCUCAGGUGUUUUGGCUGAACAGUCAGGGAAACCAAAUCACAGCUGAAUCUACAAACAGUGCCAAAGGUUCUGACGGCCUCUAUACCAUCAGCAGUACUGUGACUGUGAACAGGAGACAGACCUACAGUCUCACCUGCAGAGUCCAACAGAAGAACAUCAAUCAGACUGAAGAAGCACAUAUCCAUGUAUCAGCUGAUUUCUUCCUGAUCCAGUGUAAUCCUGCUGUUCAGAUUACUAUCAACGUAGCUGUCUGCUUAAUAUUGAUUGUUACAACGGUAUUACUAAUAUGGAAACGUGGACAAAAGAAAACCAAAAUCAGUAGACAUGAUGAGGAUGAAAAUGAAUUACAUCAAACAGAGAUGGAGGAGAAAUUCCAGAGAGAAUGUGAGGAAAAGAAAAGACUUGAAGAUGAGUUGCAGAACAAGGAGGAAGACUUAAAACACGUCAGACAAACCAUUGAAAAACUGAUGGAGCAGAAGACGUGUCUGAAGAACCAGAGAGAAAAACUCAACACACUACUGCAGGAGGACAAGACAGAGAUAAAAGAGCUCAUGGAAAAAGAGAAAAUAACCCCAUUACUUGACAAAGAGAAAAAAAUGAAUAGACGUGGAGAUAAAAAAACUAACCUGGAAAAGAGAACAGAAGUACAUGAAGAACUGUUAAAGAUGACAGAAAAGCUAAUGGAGGAAACAGAGACCAUUAUAAUCCAAAUGACAGAAAGAAAGGGAAAGCUAGAAAAAGACAAGGAACAAAUUAUUAAACACUUGAGAGAGAAACAAAGAAAUGAAAGAGAUUCAGAAGAAACUGUCAGAGAAACAAGUGAGAAGAUAGGGAAGGAUGCUCCGAAGGAUCCUACCUACCUGCUCCACGUAGGUAGGAUCCUUCGACGGCCGGGUAGGACGCAAACAUCGAGAAUGGGUCCUAUAAAGAAUAAACAUCUCUUGGUUUUGCAUCAUGUGGUUGUCUUCCUCCUUUUUCUAACACAAACUUGUGAUGGUCAGCAUCAGAUGAUUGGUCCAACUCAGCCAGUAGUGGCCAUGAUUGGUGAUGACAUCAUUUUGCCAUGCCACCUGGAACCUGCUGUGGAUGCUGUUGACCUGACUGUGGAUUGGUCCAGAACUGACCUCAAACCUAGAUCUGUCUAUGUGAGGCGAGAGGGUGUGGAGCUUCUGACUGAGCAGAAUCCUUUGUACACAGGAAGAACAUCACUCUCUGUCAACAAACUGCAGUGUGGAGACGUUUCAUUGAAACUCUCCACAGUACAACUCUCUGAUGCAGGAACAUACAAAUGCCUUGUACCUAAAUUUAAUGCAGGAACUGUGGUGACGCUUGCUGUAGGUAAGUUUCAUUUAAUUUAG